GAAGAAAAGCCUGUUAAAAUAGACAAGUGGGAUGGUUCCGCGUUAAAAAACGCUCUUGAUGAUCAUACCAAAAAGAUUUUUAAAGAAAAAUUUGGCUACGUUGAAUCAUUCAGGUUAAUGGACGGUCGAUUGAUACUCUGCACAAUAUCAGUGGUUUUUGCACUAUUUGCAUUUGCUUGGGACUAUAUUUAUCCAUUCCCAAAAUCAAGGGAUGUCCUUAUUAUUUGUAUAUACUAUACAUAUUUUGUCAUGAUGCUAGUGUUAACAAUUUACAUGACAUACAUUGAGAAAGGCUGUUUCAUGUUGGCAUUGGAAAAGGAUAAAACAAUGCUGGAUCCUGAUAAUAUUUGGAAACUAACUUCCAAGCUAAAAAGAUUUGAUGAUAAAUACGAAUUACAUAUUUCUUACACUAAUGGAAUUUCAAAAAAGAACAAAUCUGGUCAUUUUGUUAAGUCAGUCUGUAAUUUUUUUGAUGAAGAGGGACAGUUGUGUGAGAAUUCGUUUGAAAAAGAAGUUUUAAAUUUGCAUGCCAGUUUGAGUCCAAACAAGAAAGAAAAUUGA